GAUAAAAAUAAAACAUUCCUUGCUUAACAUGUGGACCAUAAUUUGAGUAAUUACUCUGUCCAUCAUCACAGCAAAGCCCCCCAUUUUGUAAUCCUGGAUAAUUCCCGACUGCAACUUCAACUGAAUCCAUGGAACUCACCCUUUUCUCUCACCACCAUUCCCAAUUUCUAUACAAAUCCCCCUCUUUUACUUCUAGUAGGAAUUCUUUACCAAAUACUAGAAAUAUAAAACUAUUUCAUUGCAGCUGUUCUUCAUCAUCAUCAAAUGAUACUGCUAAACAAACAACAUCAUCUUUGGCUAUUGAGGGAAGAAGGGCAUUCAUCAGUUGUUUUUUCAUAGCAGCUGCUGGGUUGUGUAUCACUGAUCUGGCUGGGGCUGUCAGCACAAGUAGAAGAGCUCUUAGAGGAGCAAAAAUACCUGAGAGCGAAUUUACAGCCCUUCCUAAUGGUCUAAAGUAUUAUGAUUUGAAAGUUGGAGGUGGGCCAGAAGCUGUAAAGGGAUCUCGUGUAGCAGUGCAUUAUGUUGCUAAGUGGAAGGGCAUCACUUUUAUGACUAGUAGGCAAGGGAUGGGAGUUGGUGGCGGCACGCCUUACGGUUUUGAUGUUGGCCAGUCAGAAAAAGGCAAUGUUCUUAAGGGGCUAGAUCUUGGUGUUGAAGGAAUGAAAGUGGGUGGCCAGCGAUUGUUGAUAGUUCCUCCUGAACUAGCAUAUGGAAGCAGAGGAGUCCAAGAAAUCCCUCCAAAUGCAACAAUAGAGCUGGAUGUGGAACUUUUGUCCAUCAAGCAAAGUCCUUUUGGGUCUCCAGUUAAGCUUGUGGAAGGAUGAAGUGAUCCUAUUCUAUGAUGGCCUGAUGGCAAAAGAUAAUUUUGCAAAAUUCACUAUUAUGGAUAAAGUUACUUCCCAAUAUAUAAGAAUUGAUAUUCUUAUUAUUAUACAUCAACUGUAGCUUCUUUACUAUCCUGUAUCUAAGGUCAAAAUCAUACUGUAUAAUCUUGUUCUACUUCCUCUUGUUGGGUGUUUCAUCUCUUUCAGACUACACAAUUGUAAGUAACGCUUUGAUCUUAAUGUGUGCUUCUCCAGUUCUGCAAGUGUUACAUAAGUACUUGCAGACUGCAACUGAAUCUAAGGUAUCUUGAUUUCGUGGACUGUCAACUGACAGAUAUGGAAA